UUAUUUAUUAUUGAUAUCAAUUUUAUUAUUAUUAUUAUAAUAUCGAACUUGGGAUUGUUGAUCGGGUAGCGUUACCUCGCAUCAUUCGGCAUUCGGCAAUUUUUAUUUAGAAUUUGCCUUCUCGCAUUUAAUUAAGGAAUUAAUACUUUCCCGGCUGUUAUAUAACAGAGGGACGUGGAGAAAUGCAAAAUAUUCGGGGACUCUUUCUCUACGUAUGGAUGUUUGUUCGUUUGUGCGUGUUUUGUUCACCCUCUUUGAAGCUUAAUAACUCCUGUGAUUUUUGUCGAAACUUUCUGAAAUUUUGCAGGGAGGUUUCUUUAUUUGGGGGAUGGAUGCUAGUAAAUUUUAGUGGUUAAAGAUCGACUGGGUGGAGAGAUAAAGGGAGUUGUGUAUCGUAUCUCGAGUAGAGUCGGACUUAAUGGCGACUAUACUGGUUAUAACAUUUACAAUUUAUAUUAAUAAAGGAACAUUUUAUGUAUUCUUUUGUUCAAAAACGGUGGUUUAAUUAAAGGGCCCCUACUUACGGGCCUGGUACGGGUCUCAUGUCAUUUUUGGAAAGCAUUUCUAGUAUGUUUAUAGUCGAUCAAUAUUAAAAGAAAUAAAUCAUUAUCUAAUAACAGUUUAUAGAUGAAAAGAUUCUUCGUUAUUUAUUGGAAAAAUGCACUUUGAACUUAACACCAGAUAAUGUAUUAAGUAACAGUUCUACAUCGUUGACUUUGAAUGUAAACAAUUUGGUAUGUUCUCGCUCAGUGUUAUACAAAUACAGAUUUAAGCCAUGAAUCCAGAAAAGUGCAAAUUUUUUGAAGUUUCGCCACAAAAAGAAUCUGACGGACACGGUCAAAAAGGUGUUUUACAUACACACGGAGAUCACGGACAUACGCACGAUCACAUGGAAAAUCCUGGCAGCUACAUACGGAGAGAGAAACCUAAAAUUAGGAGCGAUUGGAAUUCGCGGGCAUUUACUGUGGGAAUUGGAGGACCCGUAGGUUCUGGAAAAACUGCUUUAGUUCUCGCUCUUUGCAAAUAUUUCAGAGAAGAUUACAAUAUCUGUGUUGUGACAAACGAUAUAUUUACAAGGGAAGAUUGGGAAUUUUUAAUGAAGAAUAAGGCUCUACCAGAAGAAAAACUUCGCUCGGUAGAAACAGGAGGAUGUCCACACGCAGCAAUUAGAGAAGAUUAUUCCGUAAACUUGGAAACUAUAAAAGAUCUAACGAAGAUAUUUAUGCCUCAGUUUAUUCUCUUAGAAUCUGGAGGAGAUAAUUUAGCUGCAAAUUUUAGUCGAGAAUUAGCCGAUUACAUUAUUUAUGUCAUCGACGUAUCGGGUGGAGAUAAAAUUCCUCGUAAAGGGGGUCCGGGAAUUACCGAAAGCGACUUAUUGGUCAUUAAUAAAACCGAUUUAGCUGAAGCAGUAGGAGCCGAUUUAAACGUGAUGAUUUCUGAUGCAGCGGCCAUGAGAGAAGACGGUCCUACUUUGUUUACGCAAGCCAGACAUAAUAUUGGAAUUGAAGAAGUAGCUAAACAUAUUUUAGAUUCUUAUUAUUCAAUCAAAAAUAAUUGAUUCUGUGUUAAAAGAUGAAAAAUAAUAUUUUAUAAUAAU